AUGGAAGUAGAAAGGCAGAUGUUUGCGAGGAACUUGGUCGAGCUGAGAGAAGCGCUGAAGCACGUUCCUCUACUGAAGAGAGGAUGCGUGCAGUGCGAUGGCAAUGCAAAGCUCCAGUGUCCGUCCUGCCCCCAAGGGCAGAGCUGCCAGUUCUCGGUACCUACAGACUGCACACAAUGCCCGGCGGCGGUCUGCCUGCCUAACGACACGACGCCUCCGCCGAGCAACGACGGCGGAAAGUCCGGCGGCGACAGCGGGCCCAACGUUGGCCCCAUUGCCGGAGGUGUCGUCGGUGGUGUUGCGGCAAUCGCCAUCCUGACGUACCUAGUGUGGAGGUUCCUCAUCAGGCCCAAGAGGUCAAGCGUCACCCAGUCGAUCUACGAGCCUUCAGGCAACUCAGCUCGCGACGUUGAAAAGGACAAUGCUUCGCGAAUCACUCAUCGCUCAUCCACCCACACAGUCCACUCCAUCGCAUCUACCGUCCUGACGCGAGCAUCCAACAUCAUCCAGAUUGCGUACAUUCCCGGAGUCACCAACCGAGCAACGCCGACGUCGCCAACAGUUCUCGUGCCUCCCGUGCCGCCGAUCCCGAUGCAUCACUCGGGCGCGCAUCGUGCGUCCAACCAGGACGACCAGCACUUCUUCGUCCCCGGGAACCUACGAGACUCCACAUACUCUGGCAUCUCCGAGUUCUCAGACCGCACGUCGUAUGCGCCGCGCUCUAGCAUCGCGUCGACAAUAUACGGCAAGCAGGCGCAAAUCCAAACUCCCGCGCAAACAGGCAUGCGUGCCAAGCCCACUGUCGUCAGCGUCAAGUCAGGUAGCGCGAGUGGGGCCAACACGCCGCCCGUCCCUAGCAUCGACUUUGAGAGGUUUGGUGCCGGAAGACCACAGAGCAACGCCAGCGUCUUCAGUGUCGGCUCGACUUUUGUCAAUAACGCGAACACGGCCACGCAGGCACGGGCGCAAGUGGUGAAACUAGGAGGGGGUCUGAAGAAGAUUGAUGUCGGGGCCAAGUCAGAGGCCAGCGUCUCAUCCACGUCGUUGGUAUCGACAUCGUCUCCGACCCCGUCUACCAAGAACACAACAGCAGACUCCCACGCGGCUACAGUCAGGAAUCCGUCGCCUGUUGGUGAUCUCGGUCCAUUCUCCGACCCUCCGGGUACGCCCAAGACGCCCAAUAUCCCGAAACUCGUGGCGGUCAUGGAGGACGAUGAGGAGCCCACUCGGUCUGGAAGCCGAACGUCGAAACGGUCUCCAUCGGUUGAAAGGGGCCGCAGCCCUUUCGGUGACGAACACGCCACAAAAGAAUGA